AUGUUGCCAGACGAAGGAAUCCCAGAGCCUUUCAAUGGCUCUCUCUUCGAGGAAGAAGCCUUUUUGUCUCCCGGCACAUUCUCAAGUUCGGACGAGUAUGCCGCCAACCCGCGGUUCCUCGAACUCCAAGAAGAACUGCGCUGCGUGCUCUUCACUGCCGUCGCCAGUCUCGACCCCAGUACAUAUGCCUCUCCAGCACCGUUGGAGCCAACCGAAGGCCCCGCGCCCCGAGCCGCCCGCCAGAGCCUGGAUUUCACGCGGGUUUCAAUCCCCAAAGUGCGACUGAUCUACUACCUGAAGAACUGGAUCACAGAAUGCGCGCCCUAUCUCGACAAGUUUGACGAGGCACGACAUUUCGGGGUCCAUAUUCCGAUCCUCGCACAGCGCUCGCCCGCGCUGUUCUACGCGAUUUUGGCGUUUUCGGCGCGGCAGACCGAACGCAAGGCCUGCCUCGACAAGGCCUAUGACAGCCUCGAGCUCUACCAAGAAUCGAUCCGGCUCCUCGCGUCAUGUCUACAAGCCAGGGACCCGAAUGUGUUGCCCGCGGGACUGGCGGCGCCACGUCGAGGGUGCGCGGCGCUGUUCGACUCGUUCAAUGUCAACGGACUGUCAGGCGGCCAUUUGCAGGCAGUGUUCUGGUGCUACGCGCGCAUGGAGCUCUGCGGCGCCAUCAUCUCCAACGGCGCCGAGAGCACCGUGCUCCCGCUCGAGAAAUGGGUGCCGGCCAUGCCGCAGACGGCAGGCUCCAAGGACACCGAAGAGGAUCUGAUCCGCGACUUGUUCUGUCAGAAGGGCUGGGCUGCCCCGGACAUGCACGCCAACUGGGCUGUGUACCUGUGCGCGAAGACGUGCGAUCUUGCCUGCCGUCGAACGCGCCACGUGGAGCUGGGUGAGGUCGGCGAUGAUACUCGUCCGUUCCUCGUCCAGUGGACUCGGCUAUGGGAUGAGCUUCAGUACUGGCUCGAGCAGCGCUCGCCGACCAUGCUGCCCAUCAAGACCACGGGUGUCGGAGGGGGGCAAAUAUUUCCGGAAAUCUUGUUCGCGCAUUGGGCUGCGAUCUCGGGGAAUCAGUUGUAUCAUGCGGCAUGCAUGAUGAUGUUGGACAUGAAGCCCGCCAGUAUCACCUUGCCUUCUUCCAAGCCGCAUCACUCGGCUAUAUGGCAUGCGCGGAGAGUGUGUGGGAUUUCGUUGACGAACCCCCACAGUGGGAACUUGAUUAAUGCUAUCCAGCCUCUCUAUAUUGCGGGAAAACUGCUCAGUCACCACAGUGAGCACAUCCAGGUUGCCAAGCUUUUCAAGACUAUCGAAAAGACUACCGGAUGGGGUGCACUGUGGCGGCUCAAAGACCUCGAACGAGCCUGGGGCUAUGAGCCGGGCGAGAUAUUAUCAGUCAUCUGA